GACCAGCCGGGACCGUCAAUGCAGCCUCGCUUUACGAAGCCGCCGCUCCGCCAGGGGCCGCCCUCGCAGCGCUCCCCGCUCUCCCACGGCGUCUGCGCAGGGCGGCUCCGUGGGGGCAGCAGCGAUGGAGCGCUCGGGGUGCGGUGCGGUGCUGCUGUGCGUGCUGUGCGGGCUGCCGGCCGCCGGGAAGUCCACCCUGGGCCGCACCCUGCGCCAACAGCUGCCGCUCCGCCACGGCUGGGACUGCGCGCUGCUCGCAUACGACGACCUCAUCCCCGAGGAGGGCAGCGGGCGGGGCGAGCCUCCGCACGAGGAGCCGCCGUCGGUCUCCGCGUGGAAGCGGCGGCGGCGGGAGGUGCUGCUGUGCCUGGAGCGCCUCCUGCGGGCGCUGCGCUCCGGUACCGCCCCGCCCGGCCCCGCCGCCGCUCCGCCCUCGUGGGGCCGCUUCGUGAGCUGCUGCGCCGAGCAGGGGCUGCUCCCGGGGCGGAGCGGCGGCCCCCGGAGCCGCCCGCUGUGCAUCAUCCUGGAUGACAACUUCUACUACCGCAGCAUGCGAUACGAGGUGUUCCAGAUGGCUCGAGAGUAUUCCCUGGGCUUCUGCCAGCUCUUCCUGCAGUGCCCCCUGGAGCUGUGCCUGCACAGGAACCGCCUGCGGGGCAGCCCGGUGCCCGAGGGGACCAUCUGCCGCAUGGCACAAAGGGUGGAGGUGCCGGAGCCUGAGAAGAACCCCUGGGAGCAGCACAGCCUCAUCCUGAGCAGCUCUGCGUGCAGCCCGGAGGAGCAGUGUGAUGCUGGGCUGAUGGAGACUGUCCUCGUGCAGAUAUUUAAUUUGCUGGACACUGCGUUGGAAAAUCCUGUGAAGCAAAACACAGAAAACACGGAGCAGAAGGAAGCAGAUCGAGCCAUCUGUGCAGCCAGCGCUGUCCAUCAAGCUGAUCAGACAUGCAGACGGAUCAUCUCUCAAGCUAUGAAGGAGGCGAAAGCUAAGAACGUGCUCCCAAGUGAGAUGAAAAGCCUGGCAGAAGAACUCAACAAAAUCAAGGCAGAGUUUUUGGAAGGUUUGAGGCAAGGCAGGCAUGUGGAAAGUGAAUCUGGCCAACAAAAUCCCACCAGUGACCCUGCUGCCCGCCUGCUUUCUUCAUUCCAACUCGAGGCAUCCCAUGUAGUUAAUAAAUACAUCUUAAAAUAAUAACAUGGAGAAUGUUGGAUUGCUUUUAAGAGUUAAAAAGUUAAAAACUUAACGCUGUUUGAGCAGUACUGCUGAAAACAUUGAAGAAGGUGUAAAAGCAAUAACUGAGAUGGCACUUAGUGUGUCAAGUGAUAUGAACAUGAAUGAACUCUGCUGCAUCCCAAGUCAGUAUACAGACAGUUACGCUCCAUUCAAGUACCACCUCAGUACUGGACUUUCCCAAGUCCAAUUUUAAGUCAGGCUCUUGGUUUCUUUACAGCAACAGUAAAAGAAAAGAUUUGAAGCACCUUAAAUUGAGAUUCAGAGCUGCAGGCAUGCGUGAAUGCAUGUAGGAAUAACUUGGAUAUGCAAAAGGGGCUUAAAAGUUGGCAAAGCUGCUACAAAUGGUAUUCAUUUGGCUUCUGUGCAUAGGGACAACCAGGUUAGGGUGAUAAAAGGUUUGAUCUCACCUUCCAUCCCUUACCUAAAGUACCCCCAGGCACGAGCAGUUCACCACUGUGCAACUGAAAGAUGAAUCACUGCAAGGCUUCAUUAGAAAGUAUUAUUUUAUUCUUACCUUACAAAAGCAAAGCUCCACAACAUGAACUACACUAGAUAAGAGUCGAGUUAUUUCAGAAUUAACCCUGUCGUUCUGAAAACAUCCACUACACAGGAAAAUUGAGCUGACAGUUCUAACGGAUUCCAUUUUUUUUUUUUUUUGCAUACAAAAUAUGCUCUUUACACUGAAAUACGUAUUAUUAACAAAGCGGGUACUUAGAAGCACAGACACAAAGAUUGCUCAAUGAAAAAUGCUUCAGCAGGGUAUAUAUUUUCCUGCACCAAAUCAUCCACGUGCUGAAAGAAGCUGAAAAUUAAGAGCAAACUUGCCAGUGAAGACGUCUAAAUUACAUUCCCAUCGUCCAGAGGAACAAAAAGCAAACAAGCAAACCCCCAAAACAUCCUGGAACAGAAAACCCAACAGAUCGUUUUGCUAGGAAACAAUGGCACACGUCUGAGUUUUAUGUCAAAAUCAACUUUAUCUAAGCGUUGUAUCUGUGACAAACCAACCCUUGCUACUCUUUGUUAGAUGCCUUACAGUUGGUUUAAGUAUUAACUGAGAUAAUCUACCAACAUAUUCAUGCUUGCUGGAUCGUUCCUUCUCCAGGUAGUGAGUGUAGUAAGAGCGCUAUAAAUAAUGCAUGUUCAGGAUAUCGACAGAUCUGUAAAAUAAUCUAUCACAAGAAACAAACAAACCCAUUAACUUAAAUGUGUUGCUGCUACAGAAGCUACCAGAGUCAAGGUAUGGGGGGAAAAAACAGCUCAGCUCGUUCCCAAACUCCCCUGUGAAUACGAGGUAAGAUGCUCUCUACUGCCUUAUAAUACAUUGGAGAAGCCAAUGUGGAUAGUCUCACUAACCAAGGUUUUGAUCCUGUGGUUCCUUAAGGGAAUCCCUCACUGACUGAAGGUGUAAGGCUUGUUUUGAGCAUGGCAACAGUUGGUCAUCCAUCUUCCACUAUUAGUUCUGUUCUCCAUAGUAAACAGUAUGUACAACAAAAGCAGUAGGACAACACUCCUUCCAAACCUGCUCAGAAGGAACUGCUUACAGUUAGGGAACUGUUUGGCACAACAGAACACACAGUAUUACAUAGGGCCCCUUUUGUUAAGGUCAUGCAGUCUCCCUCUUGUUAUCAGCUCCUUCUAGUGACCUGACAGCUCUACCUCAAAUUACAUGCAGGGAAUUACGGUUCAGGAGUUGCUGCACUAGACAGUCCAUACUGCUUAUAGGCACUGCUGAGGAAAGUUGGAAUGGACUCAUAACAGUGUAAAGAAUGGAAGAACACAAUCACAGCGAUCCCUCUGGUAUCAAAGAGCGGAGCCACAAACCAAACUCAGCUGCUGUAACACACAGCUGGAAGGUUUUCCUUACAGCAAAGCAACCUGGAAAGUUUCCUUGCAGCUGCCAGAGCCCAGCAAUUAAAGACUGCACCAUAUAUCAAAAGGUAAGAAAAAAGACCUCUAGAAAUUACUAAUUGUAAUGUAUCUGUGGUUCUAAUACUGUGUAAUUUAGCCACCUCUAUGUGUCACCUUGGUACUGUUCUUAGACUGGAAAGGCCAUGUUACCCAACCUGUACAGGAGCGAUGCCUUACAAGUAGAUUCCAAUUCAAUCAGCUUCACCACAGCCUUUAAAAUACAAAAGGACACGUGGCUGCAAGUCCUCUGCAUGCAGUUCAUGCAAAGAGCUGCAGUUUUUUUUUCUGAAAAUCAAUGUUAAAUUAUAAAGCAAGAAAGAGACAGUAGAGGAUUACGAUGAGUACCAUAUGAAAAAUGGAAAUCGUAUUCUCAAGUUAUACCGACUCACUAAAAUGCAUUUGAAACCAAGCCUGAAACUGAAGCAGUAGAUUAAUUAGGUUAAGUGUGUUCAGUUCCUGAAUUCCUAAUUCAUUCCAUUGAAAAUCAUCUCUGGUGCCAAAACUUUCAGGUUCUUUUCCCCUUCAUAUUCUCCUUAAAUAGAAAACCUUGUAGGCAAUACAGCCCUGAAUCACCAACCAGUCGCUAUUCAGGUUGCAGACACUGAUUACCAGAACAUGAACAAAAUCUUCCUUCUUUGUAACAAAACAUUUGGCUGCCAUAUUUUGCCUGAUGGGAGAGGGGGAAUACAUAUAAGGGGAGCUUUAAUUUGUCUCCAAUAAGACAAACUAAGGUAAAAGUGCAUGUCUAAGUAUGGUAGAAGUAAUGGUUCUUCAGUUUUUGAAGCAUUACAAAUACCAGUGUAACAUAUCAAGAGCUUUUAUUAGUUCUACUAGGAUAUUUCAUAUUAAAGUGUCUGUCCAUUAGUCUAGGUGCUUCUAAAGUAACAUGUAAAGGCUUAAAUAAACAUGUGCAAUGGAUUUCACAUACACCUUCGUGUACGUGUGCUAUUAAUCACGAUGAAUUAAAUGUAGCCAGCCAGUGCUUCUUUGCCUGCCUACUACAUGAAGACUUAAAAAA